UCUGUGUGGGAGGGUGUGUGUGUGGGGUUUUUUUUCUCUCCAUCCUGGUAUUUUGUCAUCCUGGUCUCUUGGACGUUGUCAAAAAGUGCCCGUACUUCAAAACAGGAAAUUGAGUAUGAACACAAUUGAAGACGAAUCUGGCACAGUUACCUUGGAAACAAUCAGAGCAGUAACCAUAGGCCAGGAUACAGAAGGCAAUCUGAUCUUACAUUGCCCUCAGAACGAUUUAGAAUCUGAGGACAAUCAAGAACCUCUACACAAAAGGCUUUGUUUGUCGACUGAAGAUGACGCUAGUCUUGAAUCUACGGGUAUUGCUGGUCCAUUUGCAGCUGUACAAUCAGUUGUUACGCUUCCAAUUUCAGACAAUGACCAAAGUUUUGAGGUAACCAUGACAGGAGAGGCAGCAUCCGAGCUGGCUCAUGCAACUGAAAUUGAAGACAAUGAAACCGUUACUCAGAUACAGGUCCUGCACAAUGAAGAUCACAUGGAUGGUAUUCCUCCUCAAAGCAAUGAAGAUUUGGAUCCUGUUAGUCAAGCCUGGUUUACAACAAAAGAAGAUAAGGAUACGCUACAGAACAAAGGCCACAAAUGGAAGCAGGGGAUGUGGUCAAAGGAAGAAAUAGACAUUUUAAUGAGCAACAUUGAAAACUACCUACAGGUACAUGGACUAAGUGAUGCCACAGAGGUCAUAUUUGAAAUGUCAAAAGAUGAAAGAAAGGAUUUCUACCGAACCAUAGCGAGAGGUCUUAAUCGACCAUUGUUUGCAGUUUACAGACGUGUGCUUCGGAUGUACGACAAUAGAAACCAUGUUGGAAAGUAUACACCACAGGAAAUUGAAAAACUUAAGGAGCUACGUUCUAAGCAUGGUAAUGACUGGGCAACUAUAGGGGCAGCUCUGGGAAGGAGUGCCUCUUCAGUAAAAGACCGGUGCAGGUUGAUGAAAGACACUUGCAACACAGGUAAAUGGACAGUUGACGAAGAAAAAAGACUUGCAGAGGUGGUCCAUGAAUUAACUGCCACAGAUCCCGGUGACAUUGUCACUCAGGGUGUCUCCUGGGCUGCAGUGGCUGAACGGGUGGGCACCCGUUCUGAGAAGCAAUGUCGUUCCAAGUGGCUGAAUUACCUCAAUUGGAAGCAGAGUGGAGGGACAGAAUGGAGCAAAGAUGAUGAAAUAAAUUUAAUUUUAAGAAUUGCAGAACUCAAUGCAGAGGAUGAGAGUGAGAUUAAUUGGGAUAUCAUGGCUGAAGGCUGGAGUAGUGUCCGAUCUCCCCAGUGGCUGAGGAGUAAAUGGUGGACCAUCAAGCGACAGGUCACAAACCAUAAAGAUUUAACAUUUGCAGAAUUGGUAGACAGUUUGAGACAAUUGGUAGAGACCCUAAAGCAGCCACACGUCCCAGUGCACCAAUUACCCGAGUGUCAAACUGGAACAAGUUCACGCAAUUCAAAUUCAUCCUCUGUUCAGCAUCUACGGGUUCGAUUAGCUCAAAUGGAGGAAAACAACAGUGUCCUCAACAAUCCAGUAGCUGCUCUGCAGAUUCCUGUGCAAAUUACUCAUGUUGCAUCUAAUGAUUCCUGUGGCAGCAGUACAGAUUGUGAAACAAUAACGCUAAAUGCGGGGACUCUACAGAGAUUCGAGUUCUUACCUUCUUUCCGGUUACAGCCCACAGGCACACCAGGAACUUACCUGAUCCAGACUAGCUCAAGUCAAGGUCUUCCUAUAACACUGACAACAAGUCCAACAGUCACCCUCACCUCACCAUCCUCUCCAGAACAGAUUAUUGUGCACACACUCUCACCUGAGGCUCUUCUUCCCGGUACGAACGAAAACGUCAGUGUACAAAUGACGCAGCCGAGUGUCAUCAUCCAUGCCGUUGCCACUGAUGACAUCACUUCUUCGAUAACCCAAGCUGAACUGACUGUCGACUCCACAAUUGACAACACAGAUUUGACAGAGAAUCAGAUUAAUUCCACCUCACUUGAAACUGAUGCCUACAGUGAGAUUGAUGAGGCAAAGUUAACUGAAGACCAAAGCACAGUUCAGACAGACCUUACUGAAACGGAAAUUUCCCAAUCAAACCUAAACUCUGAUAAUAGUGAAGAUGUGAUGGGUUCAGAUGUAAAUAUUAAUGAGUCAGAUCUCAGACAGGACGUUGAAGUGCAAUCUGAUCUCAGUGGUGCUUAUGUAACUGAGGCUCUAGGUUCUCCCACUAUUGAAUCGGGCAUUGACGAAGAAACAACACUUAUUGUUUCAUCGGAUCAUGGGUUUAUUCAAUCAGCAGAUGAUAUUGACAAUGACUCGGUUUUGCCAUUAACAACACUGACUGAUCCCAUUUUACAACCCCAGGGUGACUGUUCAGACAUCAUUGGCUCAUCAUUGGAAACCCCAGAUACUGAUGAUUGAAGAGAACUUAUGUAUAGCUGUUGUGCUGUCUUUAAGAGUGAACAAUCCAAAAUUGUUCACCAACUAUGAAAUGUCAAUAAUUAAUGCUCUUGAUAAUUCAAUAUUUGAAUGUAUGGUGCUGCCUUUGAGACAAACUGCAUAAAAUGAAUAGAGUAGGUUUAGAAACAGUUUAAUUUCCUAUGGUGCAAGUUUACUCAGCAAAGUAAACUAGACAAUGGCACUAUGCCAGACACCAAAUUUCUAACUCUUAAGAAAACUGCAUUACCUUUCCCUUCAAAUUAAGUCAAUGUAACAGUAUUAUAUUGAGUUGAGGAACUGCUUCUAAAAUGGGAGUAAACAGCUGUU